AUGCGUCCCUCGCUGCUGCGGCAGUCCGCGCUGGCCGCUCGCUCGAGAAGCGCCAUGGCCAUGCGACCGGCUGCGUUUCACAGCUCGAGCAAGAAGGCUGCCAUCCUGCCGCCUGGACCCCAGCGAAUUGAGGGCGGAGUCAACGACCCUGCUCCCAUUCCUCCGCCCUCCGCCGCCCACGGCUCCUACCACUGGACGUUUGAGCGCCUCCUGGCCGCGGGCCUCGUGCCUCUGACCAUUGCCCCCUUUGCCUCGGGCUCGCUCAACCCCACCAUGGACGCCGUCCUCUGCUCCGCCGUCCUCAUCCACUCCCACAUUGGCUUCCAGUCCGUCAUCAUCGACUACAUCCCCAAGAGGCGAUACCCCGGUCUGCGCAAGUUGUUUUGGUGGGGACUGAAUGCCGCCACUGUCGUCGUAGGUGUCGGUCUGUACGAGUUCGAGACGAAUGAUGUCGGUGUCACCGAGGCCAUCAAGCGGGUGUGGAAGGCAUAG